GACUACGUGUGUUGACAUACAAAUGUGACCAGUAAGCAUGGUCCGUGCGUCAAUUAUUUUAAGUUUGUCACAGUAAAAGUGACGUACCGCAAGUGCAGCACACCAUACAAUUUCCUACUUUCGUAAGCAAUAAGUGUGCCAAUUUUAUAGGAAUGACAGUUUUGACAAAUGUCACAAGAUAUUUUGAAAAUGCGAUUGUUGAAUACAUAGAUGUCCACUUUACGUUGUGGUUGACAUGGCUUUUAGCGCCGCUUCUGCUUACCUUCAUGUUGCCUCUAGUCAUAUUUUUAAUGUUCUAUAUGAAUGCCGUUAUACUCUACAUUUACAAGCUACAUAGGGAACGUCUUCGACAUGCAUACGAGACAGACUUCUGGGAUGGUGCUCGGAAAACAAUUGCUGCCUUAUGGGACGCCCAUGGCUGGCUUUGGCAUGGUUAUGAAGUCAAUGGAAUGGAUAACAUCCCAGAUGAAUCACCUGCCUUAAUUGUUUACUAUCAUGGUGCUAUUCCUGUUGACUUGUAUUAUUUUAUAUCAAAGGCCUACCUUUUUAAGAAUCGUCUUAUACAUACAGUUGCAGACAGGUUCCUCUUCAAAAUACCAGGUUGGACAAUUGUAUCUGAGGUGCUGGGAGUGAUACCUGGCACAGUGCACACAUGUGCUAAUAUACUGAAGGAAAAUAACCUGCUUGCUAUUUCACCAGGCGGUGUGUAUGAAGCACAGUUUGGAGAUUCAUACUACAGACUAAUGUGGAAGAAAAGACUCGGUUUUGCAAAAGUUGCACUUGAAGCCAAAGCGCCAGUUAUCCCAAUGUUCACACAGAACUUGAGGGAAGCAUUUCGCAGUAUUGGUCUUGGUGGUCGUCUUUGGUUGAGACUAUACAACAUCACAAGGUUCCCUCUUGUUCCCAUAUAUGGGGGAUUUCCUGUUAAGCUUAAAACCCACAUUGGUAAACCAAUACCGUAUGAUGGCAGCCUCACACCAGAACAACUGCAGGCUAAGAUAGCUUCUGCUUUGGAAGAUCUUAUCCGGAAACACCAGCGGACACCUGGAAGUAUUUUAAGGGCACUAAAGGAACGAGUUUAUGAAACGCCUAAAGAAAAAGAAACAUAAUACCUUUUCUUUUCUAUUUGCAGUGGAUUAGUGACAGAUUUUGAACAACGAUGGAGUAUUAUAUCUACUUACUGCCAUUUAUAAAUGAUAAAAAAAUGAGGAGAAAGAGGCAACUCUUCAUUGGUGGUGUUUGUAUGAAUUAUAAUUAAUUCUCAUUGUGAUGUGUUAUUUUCACACUAACUCAUGGAUUAGAAAUAUAUAAAAGAGCCUGAUCUUAAUUUGAUGUGUGUGGAAACACUGUGCUUGAUUUAAUUUAUAUUAUUUUUGGAACUGGUGUAAGCUGGUCUUACAUGUCUUGUUUUAUCAUAAAGAAAGGAUGAUCAUUGAGUUUUUCUAUCAGGUGAUGAAUGUUUACAUUUUAGCACUUUUUCCCAUCUCUUUGUGUCAGUGGUGUAGAUUUUUCAUGAGCUUGAUUUAAACAUUAUAUUCUUCUAUGUGUAAUACAUGUUUCGGAAACAGUAUUUUGCUUCAUCAUUGAUGUAACAAAAAUACAAGAAAUGCAUAGCUAUGCAUCUUUAAACAAAGAAGCAAAGCUCCUGCUUUUCAUUUAUACAUGUUCUUAUAAUUUAUUUGCUGCUCUAAAGCAAUUGUCUCUUGAAGUAUUCACAGAACAAAAAGUAAUUUUGUGAUGUAUUCAUGAUGAAGCUAACAUCAAAUUGAUUUUGAUGAUUAAUAAUACAAAUUACAAUUAUGUUGUCUAAUGAAUGGUUCAUUAAUAUUGAUUAAAAAUUAAUUGGUGAAUAGCCUUUUGUCCUU